AUGGUUGACAAGCCCAGGCGAUGCGCGAUCAAGGCCGCCGAGAGCGCGUCCGCACGUCUCUGUGCAGACGCCGAAGCAGAAACCACAGCAACUGAUGUCUCAUCGGUUGCCGAAGCGACCCAGCCUGUGUCACUUGGUGAUGCAGGCGCGGGUCAUGAAGACACUCAUGUCUUCACAGAGUUUGAGCUCGGUGUCUCAUACUCUCCUGAUACGGAAGACGGAUCCGUAUCGACGGCGAUCGAAUUCAAGCCGCCUGCCAAGCGUGGCAUGGAUUAUGCUAUGCGUCGCAGCAUCUUUGGUUCAUCUGAUGAAUCAGAUGAACCAUCGCCGAAGCGAAGGCGCUCGAGGUCGCGAGACUCGGGCGCUAACAGUUGUGUCGGCUCUCCGAUUGACACCACUUCGCAACGAUGUGCCAGUCCUUCUGUCGGCACGUCGCAAAAAGAGCAGGACCGCAGUGUGCUGCGUCUCGAUCCCAAGAAGAGGGCAUGGAUGCCUCCUAAUCCGUCAUGGAACACUUGUCGGCGACGACGAGUGAUCGUUAUCGAACACGGUUGUUUGAUUCAUCAAGGAUCCAUCACCUUGACCCCAGUGCGAAAGACUAUCGCACUGAACAUGAGUACUUCGUUGUUGCUUUCCUUAAGCAUCGAUAGUAUAGUCGUGACGUUUGGAACGACAAACUUAGCAAAGCUCGUGGCAAGUUUGAAAAGCGACCCGACAGGUGCACGCUAUAAGCUGCAUCGUCUGUCUAGGAAGACAGGGUUACCCUGCCUCUCCUGGGGAGGCACGUGCCCAUGUUGUGUGAACAACUCUGCACGAGCACCUAAGGAGGCUUAUCUCCCUAAAAUCCCGUGGUGGCGCGUACGUGUCUCUAGUGAGAUUUACGAAGGGAUUGACAACCUGAAAUCCCUUUGUAACCGUGCCGGGAAGACUUUCUCCGGCAGUCCUUCUGUGGCACAGGAUGUGCCGCGCUGUACUGCUCAACCAAACCCAGUACGUCAACUAUCAGUUGGGAGCGGGGCUCCCAAGUAUCCCAGGACGGGGGAUAGCCGCGCCACUGGACGAGGUAACUCUUCCGGCGUCCGUUCACAUCGCGGUGGUUCAACGGCUGCUCUACUAGAUAGCGCUGGCCCCCGCGAGAGUCCUCCAAUGGAGGUGAAGUAG